CCGAAGGACCAAGGGACAGAGGGAUCGGCGCACGCGCGUGCGAGCGAGUGAGAGAGCGAGCGGACGGUGCGAAGCCGGAGCAGAAGCCGGAGCCGGGGCCGAAGCCGGAGCCAUAACCUGAGUCGGAGCGGUAGUGAAGCCGAAGCCGGGCUCCGGACCGGCGCGCACGCACACACGCACGCGGGGGGCGGGGCCGGCGCGCGCCCGCCUGUCGCGACUGUCGGCACCGAGGCCCAGGGGGAGGUGGCCUGUCGCGGGUCGCCCGGCUCCCGGUGGCGAAGGGGGCGCGGGCGGAUGGAGGAAGGCGGCCAGGCGCAGCAGCAGCCGCCUCAGCUCGGGCCCGGCGCUGCCGCCCGGGGCAUGAAGCGGGAGUCAGAGGUGGAGCUGCCGGUGCCCGGAGCGGGGGCAGACGGACCCGAGCCCGGCCUGAGCAAGCGGCCACGCACAGAGGAGGCGGCCGACGGCGGGAUGCAGAACGAGCCACUGACCCCGGGUUAUCAUGGAUUCCCAGCAAGGGACAGCCAGGGUAACCAGGAGCCAACAACAACUCCUGACGCAAUGGUUCAGCCUUUUACUACCAUCCCAUUUCCACCUCCUCCACAGAAUGGAAUUCCCACAGAAUAUGGAGUGCCACACACUCAGGACUAUGCCGGCCAGACCAGUGAACAUAACCUGACGCUCUAUGGGAGUACACAGCCUCAUGGAGAACAGAGUAGCAAUUCACCCAGCAACCAGAAUGGAUCUCUCACGCAGACAGAAGGUGGAGCACAGACAGACGGACAACAGUCACAGACACAAAGUAGUGAAAAUUCAGAGAGUAAAUCCACGCCCAAGCGACUACAUGUCUCUAAUAUUCCCUUCCGCUUCCGGGACCCUGACCUCCGGCAGAUGUUUGGGCAGUUUGGCAAAAUCCUAGAUGUGGAAAUAAUCUUUAAUGAGCGCGGAUCCAAGGGAUUCGGGUUCGUAACUUUCGAGAAUAGUGCUGAUGCAGACAGGGCCAGGGAGAAAUUGCACGGCACCGUGGUAGAGGGCCGUAAAAUCGAGGUGAAUAAUGCUACAGCACGGGUCAUGACCAACAAGAAGAUGGUCACGCCAUAUGCAAAUGGCUGGAAGUUAAGUCCAGUAGUUGGAGCUGUGUAUGGCCCUGAGUUAUAUGCAGCAUCCAGCUUUCAAGCUGAUGUGUCCCUAGGCAAUGAGACGGCUGUGCCCUUAUCAGGAAGAGGAGGCAUCAACACUUACAUCCCUCUAAUCAUUCCUGGCUUCCCUUACCCAACUGCAGCCACCACGGCAGCUGCUUUCAGAGGAGCCCAUCUGAGGGGCAGAGGGCGGACAGUGUAUGGUGCAGUCCGAGCAGUACCUCCAACAGCCAUCCCCGCCUAUCCAGGUGUGGUUUACCAGGACGGAUUUUACGGUGCUGACCUCUAUGGUGGAUAUGCAGCCUACAGAUAUGCACAGCCUGCUACUGCAACCGCAGCCACAGCCGCUGCAGCCGCUGCAGCCGCUUACAGCGACGGUUACGGCAGGGUGUACACAGCUGACCCCUACCAUGCCCUCGCCCCUGCAGCCAGCUAUGGAGUUGGCGCUGUGGCGAGUUUGUACCGAGGUGGCUACAGCCGAUUUGCCCCCUACUGAAGUGACGUGAGACCCCUGCAAAUGGGACAGCCCCCAGUUCAUGAGGCCUGGCUAUUGCAAUAUUUACUAGUAGAGGACUCUAUAGCAAGAUGAAGAGGAAAACAAACAAAAAAGAGAGAAUACUUUUUUAUACCUCACUAUGUUCUUUGAAUAUGUAUUUUUCCUUUAAAUUUCUGCCUUUAAUUCUUUUGUUCCAAAGAUUGUGCUUUUUUUUUUUUGUUUUGUUUUUGUUUUUUUUGUUUUUGUUUUGUUUUGUUUUGUUUUGUUUUUGUUUGAAGGGGGUUGUUUUUUGGGGGUUUUUUUGUUUUGGUUUUUGUUUGUUUUGGGGUUUUUUUUGUUUUUUUUUUUUUGAUGUUUUUAUUUUUGCUUUUUUAAAACUGUGGUU